AUGGAUAAUUGGAUUACUCAGCUGUUUCACGCGCCCACGUUUAGUAAACCGAAGAAUGCGGGUGCGGUCCGAACGAGCGACAUCAAACCGGUGGAGUGCAAUCUAUGCCAUCGCAAAUUUAAGAACAUACCUGCUCUGAAUGGUCACAUGAGGUUACAUGGCGGCUAUUUUAAGAAGGAUUCAGAUAGUAAGAAAUUAGAUAAAAAGGAAACAACGGGUCCACCAUUACAAACAGCGUCUGUAUCAGUACGAGCACUCAUAGAAGAGAAAAUUAUCAGCCGACGUGGAGCUACCGCGACUUCAACACCAUCAACUACACCGGCACCUCCACCAUUAUCAACGAUACGGAGCUCUGCAGCGUCACCCGCAUCCCCGGCCACUCCUGCCCAGUUCGCUUCCCCACGGACGCCUGUCCUCGCAGUCACCGCUAACACCAACACCAACCUCGUGCAAAGAGACUCCACCCUUAUCGAACUACUAAAAAAAGGAAACACGAAGGUUGUUAAGAGGUCAGCCUCGGAUCCCGGACAGUCUUCACCGCAACAAGACUUCACUUUCCGGCCCGAACUCUUCGGAGUUUCCUUUAAUUCGGACGAUGGCUACUUCUCGCCGGCUCUCAACGAGGAUGCGUUCCAAUUCGCUACAACGCCGGAGCAACUGCAAGAACUAGCGUCUUUAGAAGAUUACGCGACGGUGGCGGCCUCUAUUAGAGAAAGAUCGCCAGUGCCAUUCCCUUCGAGUAGACGAUUAGCAGCUGUAUUGAAUUCACCACUGCCUGAAUCAUUAGCAGAUUUUGGGGCAUGCCAUGGAGGAAGUCCUGUGCAUUCACCUGGGAUUGGCUAUACGGCUAAUUCUCCUGGUUUAUCGUACUCAACGGGAGAUUCUCCAGGUCUGGCGUAUACCGCUGCGUCACCUGGCGGCAGUUACUCGACACAACCUGAGCCAUCACCAGGCCUGGCAUAUCCGACGCCACCUGCCUCCCACGAUGCCCACUCACCAGCCCAUACAUUACCAAGAGCAUCGUCACCGCUAUCAGCUGCAUUCUUCACAGCUACCAUGUCUAGUCAAGAAGAGGUUGAAGAAGCUUUAGAAGAGGUGUUGCCAGAGGAAUGCAGAUCGUUAGACGCUUACACGUUGGAGCCAUCUCCGACGCCGCGGCGCAUAAUGCUGAACUCGGAGGACCCACUACUAUCAAGCAGUCCGCGCGACUUCUCACACCAGCGACCACUGAGGCGGCACCACCGAACCUCCACCGUAUCUUCCAUGGACCAGUGGCAACAUGACACCACACUCCAACAUCGCCGCAGCGGCGCAAGCGGCGCGCCUCGCCGGCCGGCCCGUACCGGUCACGCAUGCGCCGGAUGGGCUCGCAUUACGUGCCCCAACCUAUACUACCACCUGAUAGAGAAGGCUCGGGACUACUCACAGAAUUAUCAGAAAACGACCUCCUCUCGCAAAUGGAAGAGCCCCGGAAGCCCCAGAUCAACGUGGGCAGAGACCAUCAAGCCGAUAUCCCGGAGCUGUGCAGCGACCGGGCAGACUUACACCGAGCGCACGAACAACUACUAUGGGACCCCGGCAUCAACGACUGUCUUGACGACAACGAAGGGAGAAUCGAGGUUCGAAAACAGCGACAGGACAGUGCACGAACUAUUACAGUGGCACCCCGGCAACAACGGCGUUCUCGACGAUAACGAAGUGCGCAUGUUCAUGGAGCUGGCGAUGUGCGCGGCGAUGCCUGUGGGUGGGCACACGCGCGAGUUCGCGCUGCAGACGCUCGGAGAGUGCGGCGGUGACGUGCGCGCCGCCACGCUGCGGCUCAUGUCGCGCCCAUCCGCGCCCGAGCCGCACGAGCCGCGCUGGACGCCCGACGAGGUGGAGGCCUUCCUCGCCGGCCUGGGACACUACGACAAGGACUUCUACAGGAUUGCGCAGCUGCCGCGCUGGACGCCCGACGAGGUGGAGGCCUUCCUCGCCGGCCUGGGACACUACGACAAGGACUUCUACAGGAUCGCGCAGCUGCCGCGCUGGACGCCCGACGAGGUGGAGGCCUUCCUCGCCGGCCUGGGACACUACGACAAGGACUUCUACAGGAUCGCGCAGCUGACGCCCGACGAGGUGGAGGCCUUCCUCGCCGGCCUGGGACACUACGACAAGGACUUCUAUAGGAUCACCCAGCUGGUAAGAACAAAAGACUCGAAGCAGUGCAUACAGUUCUACUACUUCUGGAAGAAGGUGACCAAAGACUACAAGACGCUGUACCUCAGGAGCUGGAACGCAGAGCCGGCGCCGUCACAAGGAUCGGUAGGCCAGAACCUUCAGCCGGCUAUAGUCGCGUCGUCGUCGCCGACUUUCGAAGGCGAGGAGUUCCCAUGCAAGAUCUGCGGGAAGUAAGUGCGCGCGCGCAUACCGCUUCCGUGCAAGAAAAGCGCAAACGCAAUUUACGUGCAACUCUACACCACUGCCAUUAUUCUUGCCCUAGAUUGCUCAGGUUUAAAUAAUUGAACAUUACUAUAUGUACGCUAGACGUUAUAUCGUUUUGUUUUCACUCCAUCUUUUCGAGGAAAAGUUGUCUUAGCUGCGAUUUUUCUGACAAUUUGCGUAAAUUCACGAUUUUUAAUACAAAAGAGCCCUAUAUUAUUCAGUUUACCAAGUGGUGACUAUUUAGCGCUUGUAAAUCUAUAAAAUAGACACAUAAGAAUCGUUAAGAAAUUAUUACGAAAAAGUUUUUAUAAAGAAUGAGAGUUAACAGUAUUUUGAAACCGGCCAAUCUUGCAAUCUCUAUAGGUUAGGUUUCACCUAAACUGCCUUUUGUGCAUGCUUUAUAAGGGAAUGUAGGUACAUAGCACAGCUUAGUAUGUUUCUGUACGUGAAACGAAACGAAAUAAGUGCAUACGUUAGGGUUAAAAUAUGAUAGGUACCGCAGUAUUCCGGUCGACGUAUAACUCACGUGUUAUUAAAUAACAAUAUGCGUAACAUUGCGUUAAUUAUGUACUUGGGUUAAUUAAUAAAUAUUAAGGUAGACUUUCACUCUCACGAUAGGACUGUGUUAUUGUGUUAUACUUGUAAAAAAUAUUUUGAAUAAAUGCACUUCGAUCAUUCUUUUACUCUAUUCUAGGAAAUUAAAAUUCACGGUUGCUUCAUCCAGGAAAAGAUUUAAUUAUUAAGUAUUAUGAGGUGUACAGAUUACUGUAGUGUGUGUGUAGUAAAUAUAUAUCCAUAUAUACACACAUUUAUCCCUUCCCCAUAUAUUAUAAUUAAGGCUCUUUAUUAUGGCAUUACGUGAGCAAGCUUAUUAUGGGGAAGAUAUGAGUACUAGGUAUAUAAGUACUUACUACACACUAGGUACUUACAUUACUUUUAAUAUCCGAAUUUCCAAGGUGAUGUAACUUUAGUGUUGUUACCUAAAAAAUACAAAUAACAACUGUGAUUGGCCACCAAAAAUUAUAAAUGAUAACUUCUUAAAACCUAAUCUGUUUUCACAAGUAUCGCCAGUAUAGCAUCGAAAUAACUCACUUACCAGAAAAAUAAUACCUAGAUCCACAAAAUUAAUUGCAUGCUUCAUUAACACACGUGUUGUCUCAUUCUUUGUUUUAUAUCACAAAGAAAGUGACAGCAUCAACUUAAGUUGUGUGUACGUACUUAUCCUGUGAUAUGUGCGUACUUACCCUAAUUUUACAUAGAGCAUAGAACAAACGCACUGUAGAAAUGACAUUUCAUAUUUUUUUUUUUAUAAUAUGGUAAGGACCCACUGCUGUUAAAUUUUGUUAGUUAAAUACAGAUAGUGAAGUCGUCGAAUCAUGCCGAGUCAUAUAUCGCGAGCGAAUGACUAAAAACUAAAAUCUCUCGAAAGUCUGCCUUUAGCAAAAUAUUUCCCGCAAGUGUUCAAUGAAGUGACGUUUACCGGAGUGCUGCACUCGUUCAGUGUUGUUCGAUGUUGAUUGCGUGUCAGUUAAUGUUUGUGUAACUUUUAAUAAGUACAUGUUUAUUGAUUACUCUGUGCUACUGCGACGUAGGAACAUAAACUUACCUACCUAACAUUAAAUUGCGUUUCAACAGAGAAAGUUAUUUUCUGGUUCUAUUAAUUGUAAUAUAUACUUAUUGUCAAACUUGUGUAGAUUAGUUAACAGAUUAAAUUUGUGAAUAGGUAUAUAUAAGUAUGUUAACAGGAAUUUAAUGAAAAUAUUGUUGAAAACAAGAUACCUAUUGAUGAGAAAAAGCCUAAGUUGCAUCUCUAUAAGGAUUACGCCGCGGUCUUGGUUAUAUAAGUAAAUUAUUUAACAUCGAUCUAUGUAAAUAUAUAAAUGUAACGUAUUUUUAUGGAGAUUAGACAGUAAAUUUAUGUCCUUAAGGGUUCUUAUACAAUACUUGUUUUGACAUUUUAAGAUUAACAACAUGUCAACAGAUUUUUUCUUAAAUAAGCUACUAACGCUUCGAGCUUCGCUUAAGCGGUUUUAUGCUUCUUUGGUUGUGUUUUUUUUUGUUUUUUUCUUUUAUAUUUUUUUAAGUUGCCAUGUUUUAAUUUUGUACCCUGUUGUGUUUCAGAGUAUUUAACAAAGUUAAAAGUCGUAGCGCACACAUGAAGUCGCACCGGCCACUGGACGCCGACCCGAAAAGGGCCAAGCUCGAAAAGCCUUAUGAAAAGGUCGAUAGGGACGAUCGGCCACCCGCGCAGUUACAAUCACGCACAUAAUAACCAACCACGUAUCUAAGUUUCUAACAAUAAAAUUUAUAAGUCUCACCUAGAUCUUUAUAAUAAAGCAGCUUGUUCACUUACGCAUUUCCAUUUAUUACACUCAGCUGAUUUCGUUAUGAAUCGACUCGAAAAGUGUCUUUAAAUUACAAAGGACAAAGAAGAUAUAGGUUAACAGCAUCGUUUUACAAUUAUCAUUUUAAUUAUGUAUAAGUAAAUGUUACUCAAAAACGAAUAACGCGUGAACUUUUUGUAUCAUUUAAAGUCACAGUGGGGAAUUGAUAUCGUAACUUCAACACCUGCCACAGUAGGUCAUUCUCUUAUAAAUUUGACGUUUGAAAGAUACUCACGAAUUUCAAUCACCAUGCUAAGUCGGGUCUCCUGCGUUUUUUGUUAUAUCUGUGGAUUUUGUCCUGGAUAUUAUUUUCAUUUGUAAUAUUUUUUGGUUGAAGUUUGCAUGUAUAUUUUUGGAUUGACAAUUUGAAAGGCAUCGUGUUCAAGUAGGGCAGUGAAUUACCCCAUCAGGUAGUAUGCGCGACCGCGAUCACGACUGGCACACUCGGACUAAAACCCAAAACCCAAUGCUAAAAUUUAAGCAUUUACUACUGUAUAAAUUAAAAUUACAUUGGACAAGCGGCGUAGUGUCUAGCAGCUAGAUGAUUAGCUUUCGGAUAAACAGAUCUUACAUACAUAAGUAAAAAGAAUAUAAUUAUAUUAUAAAAUAAUUAUAAUAUAAAAAUAAAUUAUUUCCUAAUUUUCGUAAUGCUAAGCUUCAAGAGAGCGCAUAAAAAUAUUUUGUAUAACGAUGAUUGAUACUUACGUAAUAGGUAGGUCUUCGUAAAGUUUUUAUAUGUAUAACAGACUUCUUAAUGUGACUUGCAAGUGUGAUGUUGUACCUAUAUGUAUAGGUAAUUAACGUAGUUCGUUGUCGAAACGCAGAUAUCUAUAAGCCCGCCCAAAAUGAUGGCUUAUAUAGUAUUCGUUUUAUUAGGAAAAACAAGGCAUGGAAGCGACUAAUUUAUAUUUAAACUGUUUUUUAAUGUUCCAUUUCAAACUAAUCCCUAAUUUUUUUUUACUCUUACCCAUAAUUCAUUCUAAGAAUACCCAUUUUACUUUCUUAGUUAAACCAUUUAUUAUUUGUUUGAAUUUUUCAAUUAAGUUAUUCAUAACUUGUGAUUUGUUAUUCCAAUGAAAAUUCUGUUAUUCUUUAGUUACUUAAUUCCUUAUUCAGUGAUUCAAUAGCCUCUUUUAAGUCGCAAUUUGUUCGGGCGUAUCUCGCGGUGAAUAGUAAAUUGUAUUCGAUGUGUUAGUUAUUAACCAAAAACAUACAUAGAAAAAAGUUUGCAAUCACUUGUUAAAGCGGGUAGUAAUGUAAAUAUAAUUGGAACUUUUUUUAAAACAGAAUAAGUAAGACAUCGUGGUUUGUAGUCAUAUUUUUAUCUUAAAAUAUAAGUUCUAACGUUUUUAAUCACAACUUAUGGACAUUUAGCUAAUUAAUAUGUACCUACAUAAAUAAAUGAAUGAUUUGCCCUUAAACUUUAAAGAACUUAGAUAAAAUUUUGAAAUUUACUGAUUGCAAACUAUUUUGGUGUAUGUACGUAUGAACACGUGAGAUGAUAGGUACCUUAAUCGUGUAGUUACUACACUACCUCGUUUUUGUUAUUUAUUUAUUGCGAGCAGAGCUCAACAUUACUUACUUGUGUACAUUUUUGCUUGUUUGCUCAUUGUUAUUUGUAGUUACCCUAAUGUCUGAUGAUUUAUUACGUUUUCUAGUCGCAUUAGACAAUUUAAGCGCACUCAAAGCUCGUCGUUAGAUUAAGUUUUAUUGAAAAUCUGAUCUACUAGUCACAUAUCGAUGUUGAUUGUUUGUCUUUGAUGAAAUUUGUUACCUAAUUAUCACCAGAAAUUACGCGUACUUACCACUGUGAAUCGCCUAAAAUAAUCAUACUUACUUUCUUAUGAUAAACUGCAGACUUUUUACAAUCUGACAAAAGCAAUAAAUCUAAAGUAAAGUGUAUAUCACUUACUUAAUCUAAUAAAACUGUCGUUUUUCUUAUGUACCUAUUCUAUGAACCAUUUGUUUGAAACCAAAAAUAUUCACAGUGACGAGUAAACAAUUAAAUGGAGGGAUGAUAUUUUUUUACAUAAUAUUGAAGUGCUCAAAUAUUCUAUAUUUUAUGUUGGUAAUAUUAUUGUCUAGUUCCUUGUUGAUUGUUCUGAAUAUGCUAUAAUUUGAUACCUGAAAUGUAGUUAAUUUUUAAAUGUAUGUACAUUUUUUUCUAAUAAAUUGGAAAUUAAUGUAUUGACGUGUACCUACGUGUUGUGAUAAAUGUAUGGUUUAUUCUGUCUGUAGUUUUAAUGGAAACACUUACAAAUCGGGCAUAGUUUUUUGCUCAAAUGUAUCUAUCUAUAGGGGAACUUAUCUAAGAAUUGCCUGUAGAACCUCUUGCCUCCUAACUUUAUUGUUAUAUACUUACCUACAACUUUUUCCACACUGCUUUUAGUCAAACAGACAGAUAAAGAUGCAGUACCCAUUUAAUAAUACAUAUAGUUUGGAGGCGACAGGUUAACUGCUGCCAAAAAUUAAAAAUUGCAUCUCUCACUCAAGUAUCGAGAUUUCGUGGUUGUGAUGUUUAUUAAUUGACUCAUUUGUGGUCUUCCGAAGUAAAACAUUAUUAUUUUAAUUUUUGAGCAGUAUUCCUUAAAAAAGACAUGUUAAUAAUUAAAUGUUUAUCUUUAACUUUUAACGUUAUAGACUAUCCGUCUUCACAUAAACAUUGGUAUAUAACAAUUAUGGCGUUCGACGCUACCAGUAUUAUAAGGUGUCUGGAACCGAGGAUUCAAGCAAAGGAAUUAUAAUUAAUUUUAAUGCCCCCACUUACUGACUUUAGACUGAAAUUACAAAUACAUACAGACACAGGCACAAAGUAAUAAUAUUAUAUCAAAAUUAUACCUAUGAUUGGAAAAAAACAGCAUAAAACAGAAUAAAUCCUGUUCAAUUGUCUGGACUGCAACUUAGUAAAAAGGGGCAUUGAAAGCAUUAAUAGGUACUUGAUAAAAUUUAAUAAUAAAAGAGAAUGUGUAUUUAUUUUAUUCAUCUCAAUUAAAAUAUCAAGAUUCGUUUUCCUGCCAUGAGUACCUGAACUGACUUCGGCCAAAGUACGACACUGCACCAGCGCUCGCACCUGGCGCUGCUGUACUAACUAGUUUAUACGUAAGACUAAGUUAAAAACUUAAAUUAUGCUAAUAUACAUCACUAACUUGUGUGAUUAUUUGGUUGUGUUCUAUCUUAACAUUGUAGAAAAAAUUUCUAACUCUAAUAAGUAUACUUAUUCAUUUCUAACUCGAUGCCAAAUGUUUGCCAAAACUAGGGUUUCUAUUGUAAACGAUUAACACUAUAAUGUAAUUAGAUAAAACAAUAAGAGGUGAGCCUCAUUAGGACAAUUUAGUAAAAAAAGCAUUGUUUUAGGCUUAACACGAGGCUUCGAUUCGGAACCCCAUAAAGUACUACACGGUAGGAACGUGCCAUGAUUUAUUUUUAAUAGUUUGUAUGAAUGGCACUUCUAACGCAGACUAGCUCUAUGGAUUGUAGAUGGCUUUUAAUAUUACUAAUACAAUAUUAAUUUGCCAACAAGCAGAGCAUACAAACUUAUUUUCUUAAAAAAUUAAAUCAUAUUUCUUAUUAUAGCUCAACUAUGUAUUAUGUAAAUAUUGAAUAAUUAUAUUUUCAAAUUAACUUUAUUACAUAUUACUGGAGAUAGUUCUAUUCUAUUUCAUAAAUUUACGAUUGAUUAAAGACAAGUCCCUCCAGAGACAUAAUUUUUAACAAAUACUCUUAGCUAUUAAGACUGAAGGUAGUCCCUGAAUUUUUUAAACACUGAUUUCGCAAUGCCGCUGUCUUUUUAAUUUAUUUGUGACUUCUUAAUGUUGUUGUAUAUAUAUUAAGUAUGGUGUGACUAACCCAUUCCCCGUGCCAAACCGUCAUACUAGUCAGGGUAUAGAUUUAUAUGUUAUACCCCAAUAAUUUAACAGCAUAGUAGUAGAAAUUCAAUGUUUAGAAACGCGUCAUAGGUAUAUAAAAAAGUAGGGUAUCCUCUGUAUUGUUAUUAAAUUUAUGCGCAAAAAUGAUAAAUACUUAUAUAAAUCUAAGAAAAUAAGGUCGCCGAUAAAAUAACCAUCUUGUUUCAACUUAAAUAUAGAAGUGCCUUACGAUUUGAUUUUUUCAAUGUUUUAUUUUUAAUUUCGUUAAUUUGUAAAUUAUUUAUUAAUUACUAUCAUCGUGGGCCAUCGGUCCAUGCUAUCCAUAAAGCACUGGAAAUUGCAUUUAUUUCGUGUCCACUGGUAAAUCUGCCAGUUCAGAUUUUUCCGAAUAGUGGAUCUAACUCUUAUUAUCUAAGACAAUUUUGUUUCGUGUUGUAUAUUUUAGUAAAUAACAGGCAGUAAAUAGAAGAAAAAAGCAAAAAUUUAAACAAGCCUGGACCGUUGUUUAUCUAUGUAUCGAGGAUGUAAAAGAUUAUUUUUAACAAAAACGAGUCAAUUGUAUGAAAGAUUAAAAAUAAUAAAUAUGUACUUAAUACCAUUAAAAAGGAUCGAACAGAAGGAUACAGCGAUUAUAUUGAAGUAAAUUUAAUGGAUGUUGUUAGGUAACCACACGUUGCGUUCGCUUAGACCUCGACCUUUACCCCCUCAUCCCACGGCACAUAGAUUAAGUGUAAACUACGUAAAUCUGUAUCUGUGUCAACAUGUAAUGAGAAUGUGAAAUGUUACUAUAGUAUUAAUAUUUUGUAAGUCUAAAUGGAUAUUAUAUUCUUCUAAUUUUGUAUCGAAUAAAGAGUGUGUCGGCGAGAGCCCCUUCACUUGGUGUACUCGUACUUAUACCUACUUGUAAAAUACUGUAGCCGGUAAAACUCGUGCCGAGCGCACGAUAUUGAUAUUACACUCUGUGUUGUGAUUUUGAACGUUCUGUACAUUACAAGUCUUUGAAAAUAAUACUAUGGAGAAAAAAAGUAUUGUAGACUCCUUUUUAGAUUAGCACAAAUUCUUCGCGUAGACACGUUAGGUCGUCAAAAAACUAAGCAUGUAGAGACAAUGAAAUAGGUUAUCAUUGGAAGAUGUAUGUAUUGCGUAUGAUAGAUUCAUUGUUAUAUUCGAUCAAUGUGAUGAUUCGUAAGAACAACGAGUAGCCCUGUCCUCCGCCAGGUGGCUCUUCAUAACUUCGCAUAUCCUUGAAACAAUAAGUAAUAAAGUAAAUAAAACUCUAUUAUAUAUAUAUUGAUAAAUUUAUUAGGGUAACUAAUUUUUUAAGACAAUGACUAUUACGUGAUCUUUUAGAUUGUCUUUAUUAAUAAAUAUAUGGUGAAGGUUUUGUCAAUUUGUUUUUAUUUUCAUCCUUGUUGUUCCCGCUCCUAUUUAAAGGAAAACUACUAAGGAGCUAUUCAUUUAUUACGUAAGGCGAUUUAGGGGGAGAGGGGGGUUGACCAUGUCUUAUUUUUUCUUACAAGGGGGUGGCAGAGUGUCUUAAUAAUUCUUACGUAAGAUCACAAAAAUGCAGAAAGGAAAGAUUAUAAGUACUUUGAAAAAGUAGUACUACUACCAAAAUAAUAAAAAUAACAAGCACCUUUGUAGGUAUACAAAUAAAUAAUACUUAAAAAUUGGUACUUUGAAAAUAAACAUUACAAUAUAUCAAACGUGUAGGUAUUCAUUUAUUCCUUAAGAUUCUUACGUAAUAAUUAUGUAAAUGGGGGGUGGCUGUUGGACUAUUCUUAGAUUUUCUUUCGUAGGGGGGGGAGAAAGUGAAAAACUAGCGUAAAUAGUCUUACGUAAUAAACGAAUGGCCCCUUAGGUUCACUUCACAUCGACAAACUAAGCUACUCGGCGUGCACUUUUGAUGGUAGCUGCAACUACUUAGGUACGAUUGUAAGGGACUGAAAAUAAUCGACGCUUUAUGAUAUAUAAUGCCCUUCCCUAUGGAUAGAAUAGGGAGAUUGGGCCA